CUGCUGUGUCACAUCAUUUCAAAGUUUUUAUUAAGAAAUAUUUUAAAUAGAAGUUAAAAUGGUUUUACUGCAAUAUAAUGAGUUUCUCACGCAAGUGACGAUAUUAGCUCAAAAAGUCAGAAAUGAGAGUGCAUUUACUUUAACAUUUAAACAAUAUGAUGGAAUUGAUAAGCCAACGCCGAGAGAGGGAAGACCGCAACAUCCAGAACCAGCUGAAAAUUACUGUCUGAUAAGAAUGAAGGCAAAAAACAAGAAAUUAUCAACAGUUGUUAAGAAAUCAGACAUAACUAAAGUGAUGGAAUCAUAUGGAAAGAUAAUGAAGGCUAAUAUGGAUGGACUGAAGAAGGUGAAACGAGUAAAGAACAAGUCAAAAGCUCUCCAAGGUUGAUUUUUUUGUGGUUUUUACGAUCAAAAGGAAUGUACUGGCUUAAUUGAGCUGGAUCUUUGUUACUAGAUGCUAUGCUGCAUAGUUUGAGAAAGUUGAAUGGAUGUGACCUAUAUGAUCAAACAUAA